AUUUGAUUAGCUCUCAAUUUCAUUACUCUUUGGCUGGUUUGUGCUCCUUGAAAAUAUUAGAUGCACAUGGCACCCGCCUAAUGGAAGGAGCAAUCAGUAGUGACAUUGGCAGCUUAUACUCAUUGGAAGAAUUAGACCUAAGUUACUGCAAUUUAAUGGAUGGAGGAAUUCCUGAUGAUAUUUUCUGCCUAUACUCAUUAAGAGUAUUAGAUCUAAGUGGAAACCAUUUUCGUAGAGUAACUGAUGCCAUAAGUCAACUUUCUAAGCUAAGAGUGCUUCGGUUGAGGCACUGCAAGCAUCUUGGAGAAAUUUCAGAGCUUCCAUCGAGUCUCAGAGUCCUAGAUGCCCAUGGUUGCACAAGCAUGAAAACUUCAUCAAGUACAUCAUUGUCGCCAUGGCAAAGGCAGUUAAAUUGCUUCAAAUCAGCUGUCUUACAAGAAAUUCAGGAGUUGAAAUACAGUAGCCUUUUGUCUCUUCCAGCAAAUGGUGUCAGCCAGGGAUUUAGUACUUUUAUUCCUGGAAGUGGAGAAGUUCCAGAGUGGAUGUCACACCAGAGUGUCGGCAGUGAAGUAACGGCUGAGCUUCCUCCAAAUUGGUACGACAAUAACGAAGUCUUGGGAUUUGCUUUAUGCUGUGUUUAUAUUCCACAACAGGAUGAACCAGAGAGUAGUACAUCUGAGAAUGCCAUGAUUCAGUGUGGGUAA